AACAGCUGGUUUAAUUUAUAAAAAUAAUCUUAAGAUAGUGAUAUUAUUGUCUAUAUAUAUAACUAAAAGGCCAUCAUGUUUUUGGAAAUUGUGGCGCUGCUGUUGACCGUACUGCUCGUAUGGGACUACCUUACGAUGCGGCGUCAAAACAACAUGAUGGCUGCGGCUGGAGUAAAAGGACCCCCACAAUUUCCGCUGCUGGGCAGUGCACCAAUUUGUAUGAUGGGCGAAUCCGCUGAAACUAUGCUGGAUUUGGAAACGCGAUUAAUUGAAAAAUACGGCAAAAAUAUACAAUUAACCAUGUUCCACGAGUACGGUUUUAUCACCGCCGAUGCGAGAAUGAUUGAGGCUAUUUUAAGCAGUCAACAGACGAUUACCAAGAAUAAUCUAUACAAUCUGCUGCAAUGCUGGCUGGGCACUGGUCUGUUGUUGAGCACAGGCAAAAAAUGGUUUAGACGCCGCAAGAUCAUUACGCCCACAUUUCACUUUAAGAUACUCGAGCAGUUUGUGGAAGUGUUCGACCAGCAGAGUGCCAUUAUGACGGAGAAUCUGUACGAUCGAGCCGAUGGGAAGACUGUGAUCAAUAUGUUCCCAGUCGCCUGUCUAGCUGCCUUGGAUAUUAUAGCCGAGACGUCCAUGGGCGUGAAAAUCAACGCGCAAGGCGAGCCCAACUUUCCCUAUGUGCAGUCAGUAAAGAUUGUGUCCAACAUGAUGGCUGAGCGUUUUAUGAAUCCUCUGCAGCGUUUCGAUAGCACCAUGCGCAUCUUCUUUCCGCUACUCUUCCGCAAACUGAACCAGCACAUCAAGGCUAUGCAUGAUUUUACCGACAAAGUCAUCUCGGAGCGUCGUGACACCUUACAGAAGUCCUUAAAUGAGCAAAGUUCCACAGGUGCUGAGGAAAAUGACGUAGGCAGCAAACGCCGCAUGGCGCUGCUGGAUGUGUUGCUGCAGUCUUCAGUGGAUGGGCAACCACUAAGUAACAACGACAUUCGCGAGGAGGUGGAUACAUUUAUGUUUGAAGGACACGACACGACAACCAGUGCUAUCUCCUACACGCUAUAUCUACUGGCAAGACAUCCGGAAUUGCAAACCCGCGCAUUCCGAGAAAUCGUUGACGUCAUUGGCGCUGACAAGUCCAAGCCUAUGACCAUGCGGGAUCUAGGAGAACUAAAGUAUUUGGAGUGCGUAAUUAAGGAAUCGCUGCGCCUGUAUCCACCAGUGCCCAUGAUUGGCCGCCAAUUAACAGAGGAUGUUACGCUAGAUGGCAAGCGAUUCCCCGCCUUGACAAACAUCAUAAUGCUCACCUACCACGCCCAGCGUGAUCCAGAAUAUUUCCCUGACCCAGAGAAAUUCAAUCCGGAACGUUUUAGUUCGGAGAGCAGCAGCAAUAUCGAUGUAUUUGCAUAUGCUCCCUUUUCGGCGGGUCCUCGCAACUGUAUUGGCCAAAAGUUUGCAAUGCUCGAGAUGAAGAGCACCGUCAGCAAAAUGCUGAGGCAUUUCGAGUUGUUGCCCCUGGGAGAACCUGUCCAACCGAUUAUGAACUUGAUCCUACGCUCUAAAACUGGCAUUAAUCUAGGUCUAAAGCCACGUGUUUACUAAGUCUUAAUUAACUGGCUUGAUACUUAAUUUAAACAGGGUAUUAAAUGGGCUAGAUGAGGUGCUAAAUGGGUUAUAGUUGUAUAAUAAAGUUUUUAAUAAUAGAA